AUGAACACUGUGCGUGUGCCUCAGGUGCAUGAGUGCUGCUCCUGCUCCGCCACUCCGCCUCUCCACCUCUCCACCUCUCCGCCUCUCCGCCUUGGUGGACUCCAGCUCUUCAAACAGUCCAAGGAUUAUUUCUACCUUCACUUAUCCCAGUGGAUGGCGAGUGGCUCUGAACUCUGUGAGAAAGUGGUUUUUCCUUUCUGCAGUGAGAAAAUGAUUGUCACUUGGCUGUGGGGUGUCCUGACCAGGCUCUGUGGGGGUGGCACUGCCAAGACAGGCGUGUGGAGACUGAGGGCCACAUGGGUCACUGAGUGUGUGUGUCUGUCCCUGGCAGGUGGUCUCAGACGCCCUCUGUGAGUGGUGGUGGGCACAGAGUGUCCUCAGGGAGGAUGUUCCUCUGGGCGGGAAGUAAAGGAGCUCAGGGAUCAGGAGGUGAGAGAAGGUACAGUACCCUUAAUAUUUUACACAACACAAAGGAUCAUGGGAAAGAUAACAGACAAAACUUAACUUGUGCGCUCAGCUUUCAGCAACAAUAAUUGUGUAUAAAAGGGAAAAGCUAGUCAGUUUGUAUUUGUAAAAACUCAUCCACCCCUGAAAGUGCUUUCUUCUGCAAAAGAUCUAAGGGAAAAUAACAACUAUUACCAUUUUAGCCUCCAGACAUCUCAUUAUCUAUAGGUCUACCAGUCAUCAGUAUUAUUAGCUAUGACAUUUAGACUGUUCACAUUAUUCGUGAGGGAAAAUGUAUCACAUGAUCAAAAUAAUUGAUUGAAAGCGUUACAUGUUCAUGCCUAAGAGAGGAGAGUUGAAUUCAUACUGACCCUUAAAAGGCUAUUGAUUAUGAAUUGAUUUGACUAAUGCCAUUUGAUCAAGCCAGAUGUCCUCAUGACGCAUUCCCGGUAAAUGUUAAAAGAGCUUUUAGGGGUGGAAUUACUUGUCACUGUGUGUUUACAGUUCUGUAAUCCCUAACUUGGUGUGUGUGUGUGUGUGUGUGUGUGUGUGUGUGUGUGUGUGUGUGUACGUGUGGGCCUGCGUGUGUGUGUUGUAAUGCAUGUAUCAGGACUAUUUAUCAGAAGGUCCGGGAGUAUGACGUGCUAGACAAAAGGAAGACAGUGACAGCGCUGAAGGCUGGGGAGGACAGAGCUAUUCUCCUCGGACUCAGCAUGAUCCUCUUCUCUGUGAUGAUGUACUUUGUGCUGGGCAUCACCAUGGUGCGCUCCUACUCAGACAGGUAAUGUGCUCUCACUCACCAAGUCACUCACAAUGUCCUGAUGUUUGUUUUUCCUUUUGUAUUGGCUGUUAGAUGCUCAUCAUGUGCCAUCAUGUGUAUUUUACUUUGGCUAUAAGGAUAAUGGCUCAUAUGCCAUCUGAACUGUUACUGAACCACACCCCUUAGCCAAACUGUGUUUCUGUCGGUCAGGCUGUGAUGUAAGGUGCAUGGGAAUCUUCAUAAUCCCCCUAUAUUAGCCCCUCCCCAGGAGCUAAUACUCAGGAGCUAAAACUAUGUGUUCCAAAUGCUGUCACCCAAGUCAUAGACUGUUCUCUCUGCUACCGCACGGCAAGCGGUACCGGAGCGCCAAGUCUAGGUCCAAAAGGAUUCUUAACAGCUUCUAUCCCCAAGCUAUAAGACUGCUGAACAAUUAAUCAAAUGGCCACCCGGACUAUUUACAUUGAUCCCCCCCCCCCCCCCCCUUUUGUUUUUACACUGCUGCUACUCACUGUUUAUUAGCUAUGCAUAGUCACUUUACCCCUACCCACACGUACAAAUUGACUCGGUACCGGUACCCCCCUGUAUAUAGCCUGGUUAUUGUUAUGUAAUUUUUUAAAAUUGUAUUUAGUAAAUAUUUUCUUAACUCUAUUUCUUGAGCUGCAUUGUUGGUUAAGGGCUUGUAAGUAAGCAUUUCACGGUAAGGUCUCAACCUGUUGUAUUCGGCGCAUGUGACAAAUAAAAUUUGAUUUGAUGUGAGCCAUGACCAGCCUUUCAAAGUAUUUCAUGGCUACAGAUGUAAGUGCUACGGGGGGAUAGUCAUUUAGAAAGGUUACCUUGGCAUUCUUGGGCACAGGGACUAUGGUGGUCUGCUUGAAACAUGUAGGUAUUACAGACUGGGUCAGGGAGAGGUUGAAAAUGUCAGUGAAGACACUUGCCAGCUGCUUAGCGCAUACUCUGACUAUGCGUCCUGGUAAUCAAUCUGUCCCUGCGACCUUGUGAAUGUUAACCACAUCGGUUACGGAGAGCGUGAUCACACAGUCCUCCGGAACAGCUGGUGCUAUCAUGCAUGGUUCAGUGUUGCUAGCCUCGACGCAAGCAUAGAAGGCAUUUAGCUCGUCUGGUAGGCUUGCGUAACUGGGCAGCUCGCGGCUAGGUUUCCCUUUGUAAUCCGUGAUAGUUUGCAAGCCCUGCCACAUCCGACGAUUGGCAGAGCCGUUGUAGUAGGAUUCAAUCUUAGUCCUGUACUGACGUUAUGCCCCUUUGAUGGUUUGUUGGAGAUUAGUGACCCGCUCCUUGAGAGCGGCAGCUCUAACCUUUAGCUCAGUGCGGAUGUUGCCUGUAAUCCAAGACUUCUGGUUGGGAUAUGUACGUACGGUCACUGUGGGGCGACUUCGUUGAUGCACUUAUUAAUGAAGCCGGUGACUGAUGUGGUAAACUCCUCAAUGCCAUCGGAUGAAACCUGGAAAAUAUUCCAGUCUGUGCUAGCGAAACAGUCCUGUAGCUUAGCAUCCACUUCAUCGGACCACUUCCGUAUUGAGCACGUCACGGGUACUUCUUGUUUGAGUUUUUGCUUGUAAGCAGGAAUCAGGAGGAUAGAGUUAUGGUCAGAUUUUCCAAAUGGAGGGGGCGAGGGAGAGCUUUGUAUGCGUCUCUGUGUGUGGAGUAAAGGUGAUCUAGAGUUUUUUCGCCUCAAGUUGCACAGGUGACAUGCUGGUAGAAAUGAGGUAAGUUUUCAGUUUUCCUACGUUAAAACCACCGGCCACUAGGACCGCCGCAUCUGGGUGAGCAUUUUCUUGUUUGCUUAUGGCCUUAUACAGCUCGUUGAGUGUGGUAGUGCCAGCUUCGGUUUGUGGUGGUAAGUAGACAACUACGAAAAAUAUAGAAGAAAACUGUCUUGGUAAAUAGUAUGGUUGAGUUUACCCCACGCUGCCGUUCUGUCCUGCCGAUGUUGAAAAAAACUCCCUGAUUUAUAUUUUCCAUGUUGUUGUUCAGCCACGACUCGGAGAAACAUAGGCUAGUUUCAUCACGUAUCCCGCACGCCAGCCUCUAUAAUACUGCCUCUUCCUUCUCUGAGUGUUGGGGAUUUGGGCCUGGUCCGGGAUGAGCAGUAUGUCAUUCGCCUAUGACUCAUUGAUGUAGUCUAGGUUAGUGAUCGCUGUUCUGAUGUCCAGAAGCUAUUAAUGGUCAUAGGAAAUGAUGGAGGAAACAUAAUGUACAAAAAAAGUUAAGAUCAGCGCAAAAAAACACAAAAUAGCACAAUUGGCAAGGAGCCUGUAAAACGGCUGCUAUUCCCCACAGCGCUUUCUAUUUGGAUUCAGUGCAAAAGGCUUUCAAUUUUAAAGGCAGUGCAACAUUUAUCCUACGAGAGAAAGUGAAAGCAAGUUAUUCAAAAUAGAUGACAGAGAUAUUCAAAAGGGACACACGCUGCUGGAUUACUAAAAUCAAUUUCCAAAUAUCCGUACAUACACUAUAAGGCAUGCUGGGCUAUUCAAAAGGUUAAGAGACUUUGGAAUUCAGCUAAUCACUAUAAUCUGCUAUUUGCUAGUGUUGUCAAUCUUUUCUCCCAUUUCUACUAUUCAACUGAUUCAGUCUGCUUCACAUCAUGCAGUCUCUUGCAAAUUCCUCCUUUUUCAUUUAAUUAAAUGUUAUUCAUUGUGUUGUUGGAUACAGUUGUUGUUGAUGUUGAACUAAUCUUGUGUGGCAUCCAAACACCAAUAUUUGGAAAGGCAUCUGGGUAGAGCUAUACGCAGGUCAGUAACUAUUUCAUUCUGCUCCCUGCCCCCACCCCUAACCCUAUGCCAUGUAGUGUGUGGACGGAGGAAUCCAGCUGCACUGUGCUCAACUCCACCAUCGUGGCGGAGAUUAACUGUACCUACAGCUGCGGCUCUGAGUGCUGGAAAAGCUCCAAGUACCCGUGCCUACAGGUGUUUGUCAGUCUCAACACAUCCGGGAAGGUUGUCAGACUCUCCCACAACGAGGAGGCACAGGAUACCAGCCCAGAGGUGAGAAAGAGGACAUGCUUAAACAUAACAUGUCUAAUAGUAAGCCUUUUUUUCACUGUCCUGCUUCAGCUACCGUAAUAUAUGCCUGGUUUUACUAAUUAUGUGGUAGCAAUGUGCAAUCAAAUGAUUCAACACAAACAGUAAGUACAUAAUCACUGCUAUAAAAUAUGUAUCUACCAUGUAAUUAGUGUAACAAUGAGAAAACAAUAUGGUUUAAUCCACCCUAAUUCACUAUAAAUAAAUAAAUAAAUAGUUUAUCACAAUGCACCCACAUGAAAAUAAUUAUAAUUAAGAUAAAUUAACGAUUAAUUGAUGACAAAUGAUUAGGCCUGUAUUUAAUUAUGAAUCUGCACAACAUUAACUUCAGACAACUCCUCCUCAACACAUUACUGGAGGAGAGGGGAAAUGGAGGAAAAAGCCUUGCAGCUGAAAACAAUUUCGAGAAGUAAAAUUUCAAGUCAACUCAUCCAAGACUCGUAAUAAAUCUGUCUUUGUUCUCUUAGUGCUUCUAUGUGCCCAAAUGUCGGAAGGACUACAACGCGAUGUACACCGUAAUCAUGAACAUCUCGGAGCGUCUGAAAACACAGCAGCUGGUGUUGUGUUACACGGACCCAGGUGAACAGCAGGACAGUGCUCUACUGACACGCAUCUAUGGCCGAGUGGCAGUGUUCCACUCACUCUUCUGGCCCACCUGCACCCUCAUUGGUGGAACCAUCAUCAUCGCCAUGGUGAAGCUCACCCAGUACCUGUCCAUCAUGUGUGAACAGGUGGGCAGGAUCAAAAGGUGAGCGACAGGGCACAUAGGACAGGGGCCAGACUACAGUAGCAGCACAUAGCACUGGUCUUCAUACGCUGCCUAGGAACCUUACGGAAGCUUUUUAUGUUCCAUUAGCACUGAAGAGACCUGAGUAAUAGAGUGACAGGGGAUCUGGGGGCUUAUAUUCAUCACAUGACUCCUCUGGUUCUUCUGAGGAAAGCAAUAGGACUGAUGUGUGCUCCCGGCAGUUGUGGCAUGGCAAGUGAAAGAUUUUGUCCUGGAAUCCCUUUUAUGCACCUCUGCAAGUGGUACAAUCUUACGAGGCGAUGGCUUUGAAGAAGUGGCCAACAAUGGACCUGAUCUGCCCUUGAACCCUAGUCAGCUUUGGUGAUCCAUUCACACUGUGACCAAAAGGCAGUGACGACAAGAGAGUUUGACCGAGACAACUGUGUCGAAGCCUUCCCCAAAAUACUGAUCCAAACUUGGCUCCUCGUGGUAAUGGUGUUGGGUGGAGGGUUACACAACUCCAGGCGGCUGGGACGAGUCCAGUCCCCUGAGCGAGGUGUUGACUAUCUAUGUUGUAUUCCUGGGUCUGUAGAGACCAUUCCAAGCUAAUAGUUCAGGAUAAACACUUUCUUGAAGCAUGGUGUAGCAGUAAUCACAUAUCACAAUAGUUGUUAGUCACUAGGACGCUUAGACCGUUAAGUACAAUGCAACUUCCCAGGGCAAGUGUUCAAUACAAAAUGCCUAAAUUUCUGGUCCCAACACUGUGGUAGAUUGCUAUGAGUUUCAGACAUGAAUUCUACAGGACUUUCUCUGAAAGGGGUAAACAUACUGUGAGGCCAACUACGUUUUCAGGGCCUGGAGCACAAAUUUAAUUGAGAAGAAGCACAAAUCCAUAAUGGAGGUCAGUCAUGGUGUGUUUUACCACAAAUAUUUACAGAAUUAUGAUUGAUUGAACACAUUCAGACCAAACUGGGUAAAAAUGCCAAUAUUUCAUUCUUGGCUCCAUGAUCACUAUUAUUAGUUUGUUAUUAUUUUGCUGUCACAAUCAUCUCAUGUUGUCAUCAGCAGUUUAUCCAUGUCUAUAAUGUGCUACACUAUUGACUGUUUGACUUGCUUUCUUAUCAAUUAAUGCAAACCAAUGUAAAUGCAAUUUUGUCUUGCAUUCAUAAAUUAAAAGGCAAACUCAGCAAUUACAGUA